GCUGGUGCCAAAGGAAAGGACCGGGAGUGGCCAAGGAGGCGGGGCUGGGGAGCGCGCGUGAGUCCACCGCAGGUCCAGCACGGCCACCGGGCGUCUGCGCCAGCGCCUGCGGGGAAGAGUGAGCCAAACUGGAGGCAAAGCAGAGGCCACAGCCCUCAGGCAGUGGGAGUAACCUUUGUAGCUUCGCUCCAUCCUGGUACCCCUUUCCCUGCUAGUUUGGACAGACGAUGAGCCCCGCUGGGGGCCGAGGAAGCUGAGGUUGCGGCUACCGCACUUGGUCCACUAGCGACCUUCCAGUCGUCUCUAUGGCGCUGCCUGGAGCCGAGGGCACAAUUGACACGCCGCUGUCCCCGGGCCGGGGAGACUCGGGGAGCUCGUCCUCCGGGAUGUGGGCCGCGCUUUACGACUACGAAGCGCGGAGCGAAGACGAGCUGAGCCUGAGGCGCGGCCAGAUAGUGAAGGUGCUGUCCCAGGACGCCGCGGUGUCGGGCGACGAGGGCUGGUGGGCCGGCCAAGUGCAGCGGCGCCUGGGUAUCUUUCCCGCCAGCUACGUGGCGCCGUGUGGCCCCGUGCCACCGCCCGCGCCGCCCCCGCCGCGGCCCUGCUCGCCGGUGCACGUGGACUUCGAGCGCCUGGAGCUCAAGGAGCUGAUCGGCGCCGGCGGCUUCGGCCAGGUGUACCGUGCCACUUGGCAGGGCCAGGAGGUGGCGGUGAAGGCCGCGCGCCGGGACCCUGAGCAGGACGCGGCGGCGGUGGCCGAGAGUGUCCGGCGCGAGGCGCGGCUCUUCGCUAUGCUGCGGCACCCCAACAUCAUCCAGCUGCGGGGUGUGUGCCUUCGGCAGCCGCACCUCUGCCUGGUGCUGGAGUUCGCGCGCGGCGGGGCGCUCAACCGCGCGCUGGCGGCCUCCGCACCGGAUCCCCGAGCGCCGGGACCGCGCCGCUCACGCCGCAUACCCCCGCAGGUUCUGGUCAACUGGGCGGUGCAGAUCGCCCGCGGCAUGCUCUACCUGCACGAGGAGGCGGUGGUGCCCAUCCUGCACCGCGACCUCAAGUCCAGCAACAUUUUGCUGCUGGAGAGGAUCGAGCAUGACAAUGUUUGCAACAAGACACUGAAGAUCACAGACUUUGGGCUGGCGAGGGAGUGGCACAGGACCACCAGGAUGAGUGCGGCGGGGACCUAUGCCUGGAUGGCCCCGGAGGUUAUCAGGUCCUCCCUGUUCUCCAAGGGCAGCGACAUCUGGAGCUAUGGAGUGCUGCUGUGGGAGCUGCUCACAGGAGAGGUCCCUUACCGAGGCAUCGAUGGACUGGCUGUGGCGUACGGGGUGGCCGUCAACAAGCUCACACUGCCCAUCCCGUCCACCUGCCCUGAGCCGUUUGCAAAGCUCAUGAAAGAGUGCUGGGAACAGGACCCUCACAUCCGGCCCUCGUUUGCCUUCAUUCUCCAGCAGCUGACGGCGAUUGAGGAAGCGGUGGUGACUGAGAUGCCCCAGGAGUCCUUCCACUCCAUGCAGGAAGACUGGAAACUGGAGAUUCAGAACAUGUUCAACGAGCUGCGAACCAAGGAGAAGGAGCUCAGGUCCAGGGAGGAGGAGCUGAGCCGAGCAGCCCUGCAGCAGAGAUCCCAGGAACUGCUGCUCAGACGCCGAGAACAGCAGCUGGCAGAGCGGGAGAUCGACGUGCUGGAGCGAGAGUUGAACGUCCUCAUCUUCCAGCUGAGCCAGGAGGCACCACAUGUGAAGAAGAGGAAGGGGAGGUUCAGGAGAGGCCGUCUGAGGCUCAAAGAUGGCCACCGCAUCAGCCUGCCCUCAGAUUUCCAGCACAAGAUCACGGUGCAGGCUUCCCCAACCUUGGACAGGCGCCGGAGCUCGGACAGCAGACUCUGCAGCCCACCCAGCAGCCCCGUGAUGCUCCCCCGCCUUCGAGCUAUCCAGUUAACUUCGGAUGAGAGCAAUAAAACCCGGGGAAGGAACGCGGUCUUCCGGCAAGAGGACUUUGAGGAUGUGAAGAGGAAUUUCCGGAAGAAAGGCUGCACGUGGGGACCGAGCUCCAUUCAAGCGAAGGGAAGACCGGAAGGCCAAGAGCGGGUCAGACCUCUCUCAGAUGGCCACAGCCCUUGGUCGUCUCUGUUAAUAAAAAGUCAGAAAACCACACCCUUGGCUUCACUGUUUGUGGGCCAGCCAGGACCGUGUGAGGAGCCAGGCCUUGUCCCUGAUGGACAAAUGAAGUCCCCUGGCCAGGCCUCUGCUGCUCUUCCUCUUUGCAAAGACAGCCAGGGAGAACACUCAGUCGUUGCUGAGAAUCGGGAGGCAGAAUCCCCUAAGGGCUCCUCGAUGAACAAUAUGGGUGCGCCCAUGCCGAGGAAGAAGACGGAGUCGGCUCUGUGUGAGUGUGGGGUGCUGCUGGCAUCACUGGCUUUGGGACUGGAUGUAAGGAGGCUACACGGAGCGCAGGCCCCCAAAAAGCCAUCACCCAAAGAGGAAAAGAAGCAAGAAGGCAUCCUCCAACGGGUCCCUAGGUGCCAAGAGAGCACCGGCCCACUCCUGAAUCAGCUGCCUGCAGGCAAGACACCCAGUGAUGAUGAUCCUGCUGUCCUGCUGCCAAGUGCCACCCACCUUUCCUCGAAGCCUUCUCUCUCCACGAAGUGUCUGCUGCAGGCUGGUGAGGAGGAGCCCUCUUUGGGGAGCACCCGGGUCUCUUGUGGUUCAGGAAUGCUCAAUCCAGAUUCCUGUUCUGUCGCCCCAGAAAGAAGCUGUGAACUCACCCCUGGGCCAAGAGUUAAGACUGACUGUGGCGUGCUGAGAAGCACAUCACCUGCUCUCCCGGAGCAAACAGGGGAGAACCUGCCAGCCGGUGCCACUGGAGAAGACAAAGAAUACCACUGUGUGCAGCCAGGGUCUGAAGAGACCCCCUCACAGUCUCCAAGUACCCAUGGAGACUCUGGACGACCAUGCUCCACCUCACCUGCUCCUCGCAGUGACUGGGCAAGCCAGGACUCUCCUGCACAACCCCACAGUGUCCAAGCCAAGUGCCAGGCAUGCCCUGCCCUGCCACAAAGCCCACACACUGCUCCAUUGAGAACGUCCCCGCCUCCCUGGGCCUGUGACAAGGACCAUGUGCUGCCAGCCCUUGCCUGUUUCCUUGGUGCCCAGGAGGGGAGCAGGUACCAGGCACCUUCCUCGCUGGACACCAACUUGGAAGGUCAGAGCAACGACUGUGCCAUGCCCUCCUGUAGAGUGAAAAACAUAAUGUGCCAACCAUCCAUCUAUGCCCUCGAGAAAGACUUUCUGACCUGAGGGCCUUUGCCCUCCCGACAUUGUCAGUGGAGGUGGUCA